AGCAGGCUAGGGCUCUUCAUAGGAGCACAGGCGGCUGAGAGGUGUUUUAUAGAGGUGUAUAAAAUCAUGAGGGGAAUAGACAGGGUGAAUGCAGGGAAUCUUUUUUCCCCAGAGUCGGGGAAUCAGAAAGUGGUGGACAUAGGUUUAAGGUGAAAGGGAAAACAUUUAGUAGGAACAUGAAGGACAACAUUUUUACACAGAUGGUGAUGGGUAUAUGGAACGAGCAGCCAGAGGAGGUAAUUGAGGCAAGUACAAUAACAUCAUUGAAAAUACAUUUGUACAGGUAUGUGGAUCGGAAAGGUUUAGAGGGAAUAUGGACCAAAUGCUGGCAAAUGGGUCAGGUUUAAAUGAGACCGCCCCAGGCCACGGAGUUUGAACCGGCCCGUUCGCAGAGCUCUGAUUCAGCCGCGGGACUAAACCAUCACACGGCGGGGUCACAACAUCGGAAGCCUGGAUCGCCUCAACGCAGAGGGGGAACAAAGAGGGAAGAGACAAGGACUUUAAGACUUUUGCCUUCCAUCACAGUGAGGAGGUGCCUGGUAGACUCACUGUGGUGGAUGUUAAACCGUGUUAAGUGUGUGUUUCGUUAUUUUAUUCUAAGGCAUGAAAUUUCGUUCAGACUGAAAAAUCUGAAUGACAAUAAAGGAUACUUCACUUACUUUACUUGUUUUAGACGGGACACCAUGGUCGGUCGGCGUAGGCGGCUUGGGCUGUUUAUGUGCUGAAUGACUCGUUGAUUCUAUGAUUCAUAUGUGGUAACAUGAAGCAAGUCAUCCUGACCUGCAUAAAUACCGAGGCAGGGCGCCAUAACACAGCUUGACUCAGCUGCUACUCGAUACACAGGGAGUGGGCUCAUGUAGCCAGGCUCCAGCCCAAAGGGAUAACAUACUCAGAAUCCACAGAAUGUGACAGGGAAUACUUUACCAAAGACAUGAGCCAGAGUCACUCCCAACAUUUUGAGCAAGCAAGCGUAAAUCAAUGUUUCUUUACCGUACGAUUUUAAAACUUUACUCUGCGAGCUCUCCAAUGAGUGUUUUUUGCAGAUACAACAGCAACAAUGAUUGCCCCAUUUGGACGAUGGGUGGAUGUUGAAAGGGUUAAUAUACUCCAGUAAACUCAUAAUCCUCCCAUCAAAGACUUGUGCAAUAAUUGAAGGAUAUCAUUUAACAGAAAACCUCAGCAAGUUUCGACUUGUUGAGAUGAUGUGAUUACGGGACUACACAAUAGGACCAUUGUUCAUCUCAAAUAAUGUUUCUCAGACGGCAACAGAGCACUUCAAACAGUGGACUAUUUAUUCAUUCGUGCUGGCAGUGUGCACUCCACUGAUGGCCGUGCUUUAUUGCAUAGGCUGAGCAUCAUGGAAAUGGAAUGAGCUGUUGCUAUAAACUUCAGAUCCACUCGCACCAAACUGGAGCCAAAGAUCGACUGACUUUUUGUUUCUUUAGGAAGCGGUGGAGAGGUGUCGGGGAUGACCACAGACCUGUGGUGGAGUCUGGUGGAUAUCAACGAGGAGCGGAGUGAGGAGCAGCAGAAAGCUGGAGGUGGGGAGGUCGUGGGCAGAUGGACCGACCUCCAUCAGGCAGCCUCUAGUGGCAACGCCCACCUGGUGAAGACAUACCUGCAACACGGUGCCCUCAUCGAUUCCAGGGAUGAAUACAGCUGCACUCCACUGCAUUAUGCAGCGUUUAACGGCUGCCAGGCGCUGGUGAAGUUUCUCCUGCACCGUGGGGCGCAGGCGGAUGCCACGGACAAGCAUGGAUGGACGCCCCUGCACCGAGCCGCGUGGAACGGCCACACCCAGAUUGCCGUGCUCCUGCUGCGGCGUGGGGUGCCCACCAGCGCAUCCACCAGAUGCGGCCUGACGCCGCUGCACUGCGCCGCUGCAGGGGGGCACCUGUUGACCGUGCAGCAGCUGCUGAGUCACGGGGCGGGGCCCGACGCGUCCGACACCCACUGCUGGACCCCGCUGCACUGGGCGGUGGUGAGCGACCAGUUGCAUAUCAUCGAGUUCUUCAUCUCCAAAGGAGUCUCCGUUCAUUGCACCACCUGGGGGGACAUGACCCCCUUGCACUUGGCUGCGGAGGUUGGCAACAGAGGAGUCAUUAAGUUGCUGAUGGAAAACGGGACGUGCAUCAAUGCUGAAGAUGCAGUGGGAAGGACAGCAUUGUCAAUCGCUGCUGCCAAUGGCUAUGAGGAGGUGGUGAUGGACCUGCUCGCCCACGGAGCGGUGGACACUGACAGUGCGUCCGCUCUUCAGGCUGCGGCGGCAAUCGGUCACUUUGGCAUCAUGGAGGCUCUGUCGCAGCGAGGGGUCGGCGUGGACGCCAGAGACGGCCUGAACAUGACCGCGCUGCACCGGGCAGCGGAGAGAGGCGACGCGGAGGUGGCGGAGUAUCUGAUCAACCGCGGGGCUGACGUAGAGGCGAGGGGCCGGCUGAUGAAAACCCCACUCCACCUCGCCGCCGAGAGGGGGCACGAGCGGACCAUCCAAUUACUGCUGAACAAAGGAGCCGACAUGUACGCCACAAACCAGUGGUAUGAAACGCCCCUCGACAACGUUUCCACACGAGCCUUUCAUGAUGGAUGUUGUCUGGUAGAAAAAUAAACCUUCCUGAGAAACACAAUUCACUCUGUUUAGGAAAGAACUGCAGAUGCUGGAAAAAUAGAAGGCUGUGCCCUCUGGUCCUAGACUGUCCCACUAGUGGAAACAUCCUCCCCACACCCACUCUAUCCAGGCCUUGGGCAAAUCUUGAACAAAACCUAAAAAAAAAAAUUUUUUUUUGCCCCGCAAAUAAACUUUAUUUGGAAUUAAAUAGAGAAA